AUGACCAGGCUUCUAAUACUAAUCACUGUUCUGGGAGCCUUCUGGUGUCCCACUUUUGCAUCUUUCCAGAUCUUCAGACUUCCCAGCAGCACCGGUGAUUAUACCCAGCAAUCAGUUACCAUUGACAAUGAGAAUCAAAUAGCCAACAUCCAUGUGUACGGCGGCUCAUGCUCUUCCGAUACGAUUUUUGACUACAAACAUGGAUACAUUGCAACAAGAUUGUUUUCUCGACGAGCCUGCUUUGUUUACAAGAUGGAAAAAGGCUACAUUCCAGAACUGGAAGAAAUUGGACGGCUUGCUUAUGAGAAACAGAUGAUGAACCAGAUGCUCUCUCCAAAAAAUAUAUGGGUGAAAUAUGUACCUAGCCAUUCUUUCUUUGGAGCAAUCAAGGAGUGGCUUGUCUUUGGCAGCUCUAUCGAGAAGCUCUGCAGUGGUGUACCUGUUUACAAAGUUGAAAGAAUUGAGAGUGCGCCAGGUGCCAGAGGAUGUGCCAAAGCAGGUCUCCUUGGCAUUUUGGGCAUUUCAAUCUGUGGAGAGAUCAACCUGUAA